AUGGGCCAGCGACAGUCCUUUGAGACGAAGCUCCACGAGUGCGUGUGCAACAACAAUGUGGAGCAGAUGAAGGAGCUGAUUCGGCAGCCCGAGUUUGUAGGGGAGAACAUGAACGAUACGAUGUUUCUCGACCUUGUCGAGCGUCGCUGGGACUCGGCGACGACGAUGGCGUUUGCAAAGCACGCGAACGACCACCAGCUCGCCAUUCUUGUGAGCACGGCGAUCAUACACUCAAGUGUUCUCCCACUGGGCUCACUGUUUGGCCUCAUGAAGGAUGCGCCUGCCACCAUCCGGCGCGAGCACCUUGACGAGCUCUUCAUGACGGCGUGUGACCACAUCGACACCGAGGCGGUGAAGGCGAUGUUGACGAUCAACUGCUUCGACCCGACGGACGGGCGUCCCAUUGUGACUGUAGUGCGACGUGAGCUCAGCAAAAUGGUGCCCGACGAAGAGCUGGUUCAGCUCGUUCUCGACGCCCUUCCCGGUCACGAGGACGUGGCGACCUAUCUCCUAGAGACGUGUGUGCCGACGGCGAAAAAUGAGGCAACGAAGGCGAUGCUGACCACGAAACUGAAGAACUACGUAACGUGUACGUAG